GUGUCUUGUUGGCGUGACUGAUGCUUUGACAUGUAGAUUAUAAAAGGACACAAUGUGGAAACCCAAAAUUGAAUGACCUUUAACCCUAACUGGUCUGGAUAGGCAUGAUUGUGGCUUGAAUAAUGCAGAACCUGCAGAAGAGCUUCACCUUCCAACUUCCAAUGGCUUUGUAACGAGCAAGAUUUGACAGAGACCAGAUCCUCCAGCUUGAGAUCAAUGGAUGGACAAGGAGACGGAGACCACAAUGGUCCAAAUCGCCACCAUAUUCAUAUUCCAACUGAAGAUCAACCACCAAAUGGAGACAAUAAUGACAUGGAAUUUAUCUUCCUCUUGCAUUUUAUCAUAAAUCAUCAUAUGAGGGUCUUUAGACAAAACCAAAUUGGAUUUGUCAAUGAAAACAUUGUGAAUGUCCAUAUUGAAAAUCACGCAGCUCAUAUUCACCAGGUGAUUGAAGAAAAUGAAGAUGAAUUGGACAAUGAUUUUGCAGAUGAGGUUCAGAUGGUCGUCAACCAGGUUAUAGAGGCAGGAGAAGAAGAAGAAGAAGAAGAAGAAGAAGAACAAGAAGGAGAAGAACAAGAAGAAGAACAACAAGAAGAAGAACAACAAGAAGAACCUCAGCCAGGACCAUCAAGAUACAGAUCGAGAGAUGACGCUGAACAGGAUGAGGAAACAAGAAUUAGGAAAUGUUCCAGGUGGUGGCAUGAGUUUGACAACACUUCUGACAGCAGUGUGGACCUAGACAAUGACGAAGAACCUCUGCUCGUUAGAUAUGAGGGAAGGUCAAGAGAUCGUUCGGAUUCAGCCGAUACUGAAUCGGUUAAAUGUGUCCAUGAACUUGUUAAAAACUGUAGCGAUCUAGCCGAGGAAAGGGGUGGGUCCGCGGAGGGCGCAGACCUCAGUGGGCAAGCGGGAAAGACAAACUCUCUGCCUGGACCAUCGCGGACUCGCUCGACAGAUGAGGCUGGAAACCAGUUUGAGACAACAGGCCACAAAUAUUUCCAGUGGUGGCUUGGAGUUGAAGAUACUGACUUAGAUGUCGGUGAAAACCCUCCCCCUGGUGAUUCUGAAAAUAAGUCAAGAGAUGACUUGAAGUCAGGAGAUGAAAGGAGAGAGAAUGAUUUCAGAUCGCAGGACGGCGUUUCAUCGAUGCCUAAUUGUGUCCAUCAGGUGGCACGAAGCAUUCAAGAUAUUGAUCUGGCUGAGGAGGGGCAAGCUUCCGUGGAGGACGGAAGUUGCAGUGCACAAGAGGCAGAAGAACAUUCUGGACCAUCAAAGAUGAGCUCUAGGAAAAUCGUCAUGCCUAAGGGGGGAGCUUCCAAGGAGGCCGAAAGGGUUAGUGAUCGAGAGGCGAUGGAUGACCUGCUCCCGGCGGAGUGGUGGACAGAAAACAGUGGCUAAGGAAGAUAGAGGUAGAAUAAAAGGAGUUUCACUACUUCAGGACAGUCAACAGCACUUCCAAGCUGCCACUUGAGUCUAAAGGAUUCUUUGAAAGAGAUUAGACCUUGUGGAGAUGAGGUCAAGGCAUUUCAUCAUGCAGCACAAGGUGCCAUUGUGACUGGGAGAGGUGUUCAGACUGGGACGCUCAUCAUUUAAGAUUAAAAGAGGCCGGACCUUGUCGUGCUGCGUUAUUAUACAGCAAAGACAACUGAUAGUCAAUGUGUGUCGGGUCCCGAUUCUUUAUCCAUUGUAGAUCAAUGUUUUAUACGUCAGUCACUUUUGUAGCAAUCUAAUCAAUAGAGAAUGGUUACUCACAUAUUUUUGUGAUUUCAAAUGUAGCCCUUUAUCGGGCAACGUGCCAUUUUUGGGUAAGUAAACUGGGUGUUAAAAAUGGAACCUGCACACUUCACGACGAGGAAGGAGGAUUUCAAUGAAGAACUAUGCUGAGAAUAAUGAACAACUGUUGAAUGUAAAUGAUAAAAUAAUAAUGUAUACUUAUUAGGAAAUAUCUCUAAAAGUCUCAGCAUUUUAAUGCACUACAACGACUGUCUAUGGUUGAUAUUUGGAGUCCGCAAUAUUUGCCCUGGGGUUACCUUAGUCGGUUUUAACAAUGAAACUACAAAUCUCUGGAGUUUGAUCACAAUGACACACAUUGUAUCUCCCCGUACAUGGUCGGCUAUCAAAACAACACACGAAAUUCGGAUAUGCGAAGGCGUAAAUUGAUUUAUUCCAAUAAAUUUGAAGGAUACAAA